AUAUAUUUUUUUGUUAUUCACCAAUUUCAAAUAUAAAUUUGCAGCUUAAUGCAUGGUUUAAUUAUCCCUGUAAAAUAAAAUGCUGUUUGUACUACGUCACAUUGUGAUGCAAACAACUAAUUUUCACCUUUGCCUUCAUUUGGCUUAAUUGUCCUUUUAAAAUGUCCUGACGGUCCAAUGAAAGAUAGAUCACUGCUCUAGCUGGUUUGUUAAGGUAUGUAUAAGUGUUAUGUUUUGUUCAUUUUAACAUGACGCACAUUAUUUUAUCUUUUGUGUUUGUGUAGCCAGGUUUCAUAAAAUUAAGUAGCCGCUUUGAAAUACUAUGCAAUAACUCGCAUAGCACUCAGCAGCUUUGGGGUCACUUCCACAAAUCAAACUCAUAACUCAGUUCACCCUCUUCCACCUUCCAUCAGUAUCAAUUCCAUGUUUGUUCUGUCUUCACACGUUCAUUUGAAUUUGAAAUGUGAGCACUUCAGGGAUUUUAGAAACACUCAGAUCCCUGAUGACCGAUUAGAAGGUAAUACAAUUAUAGAUAGUUCAGGUCUAGAAAAUAAAAAUCCAGGCAAAGAUUUUAUUUCAACCAACAAGUUGAGUACUUGGUGACUGUGACUCUUUAUACUAAACCAGCAGGUUGAAAUAUAAUCUUGGUCUGGAUUUUUAGUUUCUGCACCUGAACUGUCCACCUCUGUAUAUAGAUAAACCCAAGUAUGAGAAUGGUCAAAGUGAAAAUUAAAUAAACGGCCACAAAUAGGUCCAACCUAACUAAGUGCUUUUUAAAGCUCUGGUAUCAAAAAAUUGAGAUUUAAAGCUCUGAUAUAAAAAGUGGGGAGACGCGUUCUCUCUAAUUAAGCAUUUGCUAAUAACGGUCCUUGGUGUAGUUUCUCAUUUUCUCAGCCGCCUGUGAACUUGUAGCUGCACGUCUGUACAGAGGGGUGAUGGGAAAAGAGAACAGGAGCACAAAUCUAGGUUUCCUUGGAGAUCUCGGUUCUCGGUCGGCGGAUGUGAAUGAGCACGUCGCCCCACAACGAGACAGGCGUAAUUGAAUCUGCAGCAGCAUAAUAUUGUUCUAGACCCAGACUACUGCGGUAUGCAUAACUAUCACUGAAUUACCCUUUAUUAUAAAUCGGCAGGUAUUCAAUAGUCAACUACGUUUGCUGUUUGUUCUAAGAGGAAAUGGUUUUUAAAUAAAAGAAAAAUCCAAGUGUUUGCCUGCAGUUUGGAUGACUCACAUUAUUAGUGUGUAAUUAAUAUUUGUGCAACUGAUCUCAUCUGAUUAAAUGAAUAACUUGGAAUACAAGUUCCCUAUGUAAACCAAGGUUUCCUUCAUGAUUUACCCCAGCCCCGUCGCUUCUAUUUCUUGUGUUCAUUGAGUGCCAGCUAAAGAGAAGGUAAUGGGUUGUUAUUAAAAAUGUAUUCAGUAGCAAGUAAGUGAAUUUAUUUAUGGAUUGCUUGUUUGUGCUGUGUUUGGCAAAUAAAAGAAUGUUCUGAUGUGCCAUUUUACCUCCUUCCAAUUGGCUAAUUUCAAUGUUUUCUUCUUUAGAUCUCCUUUGUCCUGCAGGUGAAUUGGGGAUUGUAUCUCAGCACUGUUGGUUUGCGUGUGAGCUGGAUGUGAAAGCAGGAGGUGGCUGUGUCAUGACCAUAGGGGAGAUGCUGCGAUCUUUCCUCACCAAGCUGGAGUGGUUCUCCACCCUUUUCCCACGCAUCCCAGUGCCCGUUCAGAAGAUGAUAGACCAGCAGAUAAAGAGCAGGCCAAGGAAGGUCCUCAAGAAGGAUGGUAAAGAGGAGAUGGAGACUGAAAGGUCUCCCAGGAGAACACCCACCCCUCGGAGAUCUCCCAAAAGGUCAAGGAGCAAGAGCCACCACCGAGAUGGGCACGGAUCCAGCAGUUUCGACUGGCAGCUGGAGAGAGAGAGGGAGCGACAGAGGAAAGAGAGGGAGGGGAUGGACAAGGACAGGGCUGAACGGGACAGGGCAGCCAAGGACCGUUGGCGCUCCCACAGCCCGGAACGAGUCUCAGGGCUACAUGGGGGCAGAGGGAGGGACCACCGGCGCAGUCGUAGUGCCAGCCGAGACAAAAAGAAUGAACGCUUGGAAAGGGAGGGCGACGGGAACAGGAGCCAGAGGAAGGGCCGAGACCAGGAGAAAGGCAGGGCCACCGAGCGGGACCGAGAGAGAUCGCGAGACAGGAGGGCCAAGGGCGAGGCAGAGGACAGGAAGCACAGGGAGGAGCACGAUGACAAGCGGCACAAGGACAAGCGCAGGGCCAAGAAGCUUAGCGGGAUCCGGGAGGGGAGGCACCGCAGCCGGAACCGAGGUACUAAGCGCAGCCACAGCAGGAGCAAGGACGGGACCACCAGGCAGAGGUCGGAGUGGCCCGGGAGCAAGAGGAGCAGGAGCAGAGGCAGGGUCGACGGGGAGGACAGGGCCAGGAAGAGGGAGCAAAGCCGAAGCAAGGAGCGCAUGUACCAGCGCGAACACAGCAACGGGAAGGAGCAGCCCAGCAAAGGAGAAGACAGAAGGAGCCACGGCGUGGAUCUGGGAAACGGGGCACUGCGCUCCAGGGCGGAAUCUUCCUAAUCUAAUGCUGUACCUGCUCUGCUCAAACUGCUCCCAGGUCUGCAGUGAAGCCCUCCUUCCCAAGGGCAGUGGCUCUGUGUGCCCUCUGUCAAUGCCGUACUGUUUCAGCUUUUAUCAUCUUCUGGAAAUUAUACUGUAAAUACAGGCAUUGUUAUGUUUUAAACCCCAUGAAGCAGCCAUGGCUGUAAAUUUGUUCAAAUCACUAAGUUGCUCAGUUUUGUGCUGUUUGGUCGCCUCAUUUAAAAUUAUUUCCUAAUAAAACACUUUCAUGUA